AACCUGAGGCGGAAAGUGCUCACACAGACACUGGGCUAAAAAAAAACACAGACACUGGGCUGAAAUUUGAUGAAACCCUCAGCGGUUCCGGCGCUGUGAGAGAGCGGAAGUGUCUGUGUGGCUGUUCCGGCGCUGUGAGAGAGCGGAAGUGUCUGUUGGCGGUUCCGGCGCUGUGAGAGAGCGGAAGUGUCUGUGUGGGAAAGAUGGAGGCUGAAGGCAGCAGCGCGGCUCCGAAGCGGCGGGUUCACGGGCUCCUGCAGCUUUAUUACGGCCUCAGUGAGGAAGGGAAAGCGGAGCAGAGCGAGUCCGCGGAUCCGUGCGACAUCAACGGGCCGCAUUUCGAGCCGGAGCUCUACCUCAACAAGAUGAGAAAGGAGUGCUCUCUCACGGAGCUGAUGGAUCAGGAGAGCUGUAUGGUGAAACAGAUCCGUUCUCUGGACAGUGACAUGCAGACUCUGGUCUACGAAAACUACAACAAGUUUAUUUCUGCUACAGACACCAUCAGGAAAAUGAAGAACGACUUUAAGAAGAUGGAGGAUGAGAUGGACUGUCUCUCAGCCAACAUGGCCGCCAUAACCGAGUUCAGUGCCAAGAUCAGCAGGACACUGCAGGACCAACACACACAGAUCACCAAACUGUCAGGUGUUCACUCUCUGGUGCGUAAGCUGCAGUUUUUGUUCGAGUUCCCUGCGUGGUUGAGAAAGUGUGUUGAGUGUGGUGAGUUCGGGCGAGCAGUCAGUGCUCAGAGGAGGGCGCGCUGUGUCCUCAAUCACUACAACAACAUCACUUCCUUCAGGGGCAUCCAGAACGAGUGUAACACCAUCAUGCUGGAAUUAACUCUGCACCUGAGGGACAGGUUCAGUGACAAUACUGCAAGUGCAAAGGAGCUGUCGGAGUGUGUGGAGUUGUUGCUGCAGCUGGACGAACCAGCCGAGGAGCUGUGUGACAAAUUCCUAAGCCAUGCCUACUCUAAGCUGGAGGCAGAUCUGCAGGGCUUAGAGGUGGAGCUUAAUGAUCCUACCCAGAAGCCAAGCUCAGGACCAAACGUGGCCCCCGUGUCUCCUUCCGAGUCAAACCCUUUCCUGUCUCCGGUGAGCAGGAUGGACAUUCUGGAGUUCAUCGAUCGAGGCUGUAACGAGUUUGUCAGUAAUCUGUGUUUAGUUAUCGCCUCGUAUCAGGAGUUAUUUAUUACAUGUCCACAGGGGGGCGACCACGCCCUCAAACACCUCCCUCAGAUGGCGAAUCAGAAGCUGCAGCAGUUUGUGGACCUUUUAGCAGGCAGGUAUUUCACGCUAGUUGAGCGCAGAAUACAGGAGGAGAAGGGCGUAGGGGACAAUUCCCUCCUGGUGAGAGCGCUAGAUCGUUUCCAUCGUCGCCUCCAGGCCGUGUCCAAACUGCUUCCGGGGUCAGAGGUCACAAGUCGGGGGACCGACAUUGUUAUUAAUGCGGCACGAGAACGAAUCAAACAGUACCUGUGUGCUUUACAGAGCUUCUACCUGGACAGCCUGACCGACGUCAGACAGGCCCUCGCUGCGCCACGCAUCACAGUGGGCGGAGCUAGUGGAGCACUGGGAGCGGGUAGUUCUGCUGCCAAAGAUGCCCCACCCACUCUCCCAGAGUUACUGACCUCGCUGUCAAACUCCAUUCUCAAUCAGAUCAAAUCAGUGUUGGUGUCUGUGCACCUCUUCACCGCUAAAGAUAUCACCUUCUCCAACAAACCCUACUUCAAGGGGGAGUUCUGCAGUCAGGGUGUGAGAGAGGGGCUUAUCGUGAGCUUCAUUAAGUUUAUCUGUCAGUCAUCACGUCAGUUCUGUGAGAGUGCAGGCGACCGGAGCAGCUCGACUCCACCCACUUUACUGCUACUGCUGUCACGACUCUGCCUCGACUACGACACCUCCACCAUCUCCUACAUCCUCACACUGACCGAUGAACAGUUCCUCACACAGCUUCAUUCUCCGAUAACUACAGUGACGACUCUGUGUGCUGAGGCCCGAGAGGCAGCGCAGAAACUCCUCAACCACUACGUCAAGGUUCAGGGUUUAAUCAUCUCUCAGAUGUUAAGGAAGAGUGUGGAGACACGGGACUGGGUGAACACCAUCGAGCCACGGAAUGUACGUGCAGUCAUGAAGAGAGUGGUGGAGGACACGACAGCCAUCGACGUCCAGGUUGGCUUGCUGUAUGAGGAGGGGGUGAGGAAAGCCCACAGCAGUGAUUCCAGUAAACGCACCUUCUCUGUCUACAGCAGCUCCAGACAACAGCUACGCUAUGCUCCCAGUUACACACCCAGUGCUCCGAUGGACACUAACCUGCUCAGUAACAUCCACAAACUUUUCUCUGAGAGAAUUGACAUCUUUAGCCCUGUGGAGUUCAACAAGGUGUCUGUGCUGACAGGGAUAGUGAAGAUCAGUCUGAAGUCUUUGGUGGAGUGUGUGCGUGUGCGCUCGUUCGGGCGGUUUGGGUUGCAGCAGGUACAGGUGGAUUGUCACUACCUGCAGCUCUACUUGUGGCGCUUUGUCUCAGAUGAGAACCUUGUCCACUUCCUACUGGAUGAGAUUGUGAGCAGCACAGCACACCGCUGCAUAGAACCAGUCCCCAUGGAGCAGAGCGUCAUCGAGCUCAUCUGUGAAAGGGGUUAGAGCCGGGGGUGUUAAAUGUGAUGUGUGUAAAUGACUGUUGCUCAUCUCAGCUGUUUGUGAAUAGUAAUAUGUAAAGUCCUGUAAUAUUGGAGGGGUGUGAGUGAUUGAUUCUGGGACUGGGAUUUCUCUUCUUGUUUUCUCCAAAUCAAUAGGAAUAAAAGUAUUUGUGCUUCAGUAAAACUGCUGUACUGAUGAAUAAUAAAUAAGAUUUCUCUCAUCAGA